UGCCGCCUGCCCGCCGGCUACUGCCCCCUCGGCCACUUCCAGUGGAGGGACAUCGCCGGAGACAGUCCGGAGCGCUACAUCCCCGCCCGCUGCUUCUCGGCGGACAAGCUGUGCGCCCACUUCGGCCGCCUCGACCAGGCCCUGCUGCCCCUCUUCGCCCUGUUGAGCGGCAACGACCACGGCCGCCUGCCGGCCCUCGACACCUUCCUCUGCAAAGCGCGCCUGCCCACGCGAAGCUGCUGUCGCCGCCGGGGGGCAAGGAAACACGGGCAAAUCUGUGGGCUCCUGAGCUGGCUGGCAGGCUUCGCCAACCCCGCCGAGGCAGUCGACAGCGUGGUGCGCCAUCUCCCAGAGCACGAGAGGGAGCAAGUGAGAGAGCUGCUACAUGCCUCCCUGGACCAGUAUGAACGGGCCGACGGGAACCUCGAGGACUACUUUGAGAGCGGAAGCUAUGAGUCACAGGUGGGCCGGGAGCUGGAAUUGCCCCACUGGAUGCUCCGGGCCCUGGCAAGAGGUGACCUGUCUCCCUUCAUGACAGACGCUCUGAUCCUCAGACGAACGUUCCUCCACGUUCAGGUGGAGAAUAUGCAAAGACCGAGCGCUCACACCGUGGCGCUGCCCAUCCGGCAGGUGAUCUACGGGUUGCUUCUGAAUGCUGGCCAGGACUCAGAAACCUGCGGAGAAGCGAAGCUGCCUGCGCAGCUGCCAGUUGUUCAGGAAUUUGACAGAUUCCAGAAAACCCUUAAGAAAACAUUUGUUCAGAUUGCAGUGCUGCCUGUGUCGUUUUGCAGUGACCAUCUCCCUUUGGACAAGUUAACUGAGGUCCCUAUGUCAGAUCGCCUGAAGCUUCUGUUGGAAACCCUUGGAGUGAAAUUUAGCAUCUUAGAGCCUAUCCCCAGCCACUUGCAGCUCCCUCUUGCUGUAACCUGCUAUUGGACACGUUAUUCAGAACCUAUACUGAAACUGCAUCAUUUGAAAGCAUUACUUCUGGGAAUUGUAUUUGGAGAACUGCAGAGGACAACAAGUAGCCCUGGUCCUGAGGUUUUCCAUGUUCAAGACAACAAGGUAGCAUAUGACCAUUUUCUGAAAUGGAAGGAAAAGAAACUGCAGAAUACAGACCUGGAUUUAGACACAGCCCACACAUUUUGUCAGUGGCAGUGCUGUCUCCAGAUGGGAUUGUAUCUCAACCAGCUACUCUCAUCUCCUCUCCCUGAGCCAGACCUAACUAGGCUUUAUAGUGGAACCGUUGUGCAUAGACUGUGUCAUGAGCUUAAGUCAUCGCCCUCAGCAGAAAGUCUACUUAGCCUGUCUCCAAAGAUAGGCAAGCUUUAUUUUGAUCUGUUACAUACUGUUAAAUCAGCUGUACCUUCAGACUUCUUUCAGAAGACCAAGUCUAAAUCCUGCAAGGAAAAGAAGAAAGCAACUAAUCAGGAAGAGACUACCAGUGAGUGUGUAACAAUGGAAAUUCAGCCUUUACAUGAUCUCAAUAGAUUUGCAUUACUUGAAGUGGAAGACUAAUGAUGACACAUGCAAGGAAUGAUCUUUAAUGCUGCACGAAUGGGCAACAGUUAUGCUGAAGUGCAUGGAUUGUAUUAGAAUUUGACUGGCCUGUUCACAAAAUUUGAUCCAAACUGGAUUUCUUUUUUAGAAUUAAUCCUGUUGCAGGGAUUUUUGUGCAGUAAACAUUACAUAUUCUUACAACUUCCUUAAUUGUAGAUAUUAAGGUAUUGGAGCUUUCUAAAAGUAAUCAACAGGUAUCCGAACUCCUCAAGAAUAGAGGAAUAAAACCUGUUUGGAGCUUCAAAGCCAGGCUCUUUAAGAUUACGUUCUUCCCUUAUCUCCAAUUCCCUCCCAGGGGGAAAAAAAAAAAAAUCUUUUACAACACACUGGAAACCCAUUUUAAGCUCACUUUGGAGGUACAUAUUUAAAUAAUUUUAACUUGUCAGAGGAUGCUGACUUAAAUUACAUUGUAAUGAAAAACAAGUAAUGCUGCUUUGUAUUUGCCAACUGAGGUUAACUUCCAUUGACUUAUAGCGGAAGUCAGGCCAUUUGCACCUUGCAGGUGAUAUUCCAACUGCUACCUUGUCAUGGGAGGACAGAGAGGAACCUAUGCCUUUUCUCUCCUUGUGUUUUGCUUAAGAAAAAAGAAAUACGGAAUUUUAUUACUACUGAGAGCUACCACAAAAUGGCCUUUUCUCCCUUCUCCCCUGAAAAGUAUUUGUUACCACCUAAGAGAUUGGCAAGCAAAGUUUCCCUCCUUGAAGGCUCUAAAAAGAAGAAUGUUAAAUAUUUGAACUAUAAUUGUCUUAGCACUUGGCAUUCAAUAGAGAAUGUUUGGUGUACCUCACGUGAAGCGACAUUAUCUAGAUAACAGCUCUUAGCAUUUCAGUAGGUAGUUACCCAUUAUACUUCUCAGUUGAGAUUGUCAGUUCCAUGCACAUAAACGUAAGAACAAAUCAUAUUUUAAUAUGUCCUUUGCAAUAAAAGCUAGUAUUAAUUGUACAUCUCUUUUCCUCAGAAUUAAGAGGUUCUUCAGUUAUUAACUGCAUCUGUCAUUAGGGCUUUAUCCAGUACUCACCAGAUCUCAAGCACCUCUGAUUUCUGCUCCAUCUUUGUUUCUGUGCUUUCACUCCCAUUUCCUAGACUGUUUUUCAUAGUGA